AUGCCAUCGACUUCAAAUCAACCACCGCUCAACCCAACAUCAGUGAAUGGUAGCGACGAUGAAUAUGACGAUCUUGGGGAAAUUUUUCCCUCUCCUGAACACAAAGAAUUUUUCAUGAAAGUUUUUUUCAACACUUGUGUUUUUUUCUUUUCGGAUGUCGUAGGCAGUACAGUUUUCAAGUACCAAAUGGCAACAAAAGAACUUGGAAUCAUGCAUUUGCGGAGAGCAUAUGAUUUUGUAAGCCAUGAGGAAUAUGCGGAAUGUGUGAAAAGAGUCGACAGAUAUGGAAAGAUGAUAGAAAAGCUAUCAGUUCAAGAAGGAGUCAUUGUUAGAUAUAAGACAUACUCUUGUUUUAAAAAAUUACACGAAAAGAAUAAACUACACUAUGCUUUCGUCGAGAACUUUGGCAAAGUUUUUGAAUUGCCCCAGAGCGUUGCAUUGGGCAAAAAUGCAAAAAUACUCGCAAGAUACAGUAACAAUUUUGACCGGGAUCUCAUCACAAGACGCCAGUGCAUAGAGGAAAAACAUGCUAAUGAUCGAAAAAUGAAGACAUUGGAACAAAAAAUAGCAAGUGAUGAAUCAUCCGAAGAAUUGAACGAACAGAUAGACCAUUUGAAAGCAGAAAAAACGGAAUUGGAACGCAAAAUCAAAUUCUUGUGGCACAAGCGCAAGUGGACUCGUGAUAGGUGCCGGGAAGCAAUCCCAAUGGUUGAAAAUCUUCGAAGACAAGUCAUUGGUCGUGCUGCAAAUCUCAAAAUUGUCUUUGUGAUCGACUCGUUUGAUGAAAUCAUGAAAAGAAAAGCUGAACUUGCAAAUCCUUCCCGAAAACCAGUUAAAAGGAAUAGAAAACAGCCGCGACUAUUACCCUCUCCUCGCCAAGCAUCACGACGCGAGCCAAGAGGAAUUGCUUCACGCAGAUUGCCGGGUGUGGUAGGAGUGAGGAGAAGCAAUAGAUCAAGACGACAUUAG